AGUUGAAGGUUGCGAUUCUAUGAUCCACAUUGGAAGAUUGUGAAGCUUCGAUUCCUCCACCCACUCCGUACUCGUACCCUCCGUACCAUAGUCUAUAGAUUGCUAGCGCGACACUAUUAGCGUACUAGCGUACUAGCAUGCUACCAAGCAUCGCAGAUACACUCAGUGGUGCUAAUCUCUACCGAUGUCAGCAUCCGGGUAGCUCCCCGGAAACACCAUCCCGAGAGCCCGAGUACGGAGUCGGAGUUACACCACGCGGCAGCCUGGCGAGCCUGGCUUCUCCCCGGGCCUUGCAGCAUCCCACCACCACAUCCCGUCAACACCCACUUACCAUUGGAGGCGUCAAUAUCACCACUUUUCUUCGAGCACACGUCUCGCAUCCUGAACCGCAUACAAUUUCACAUUGCGACGAGUGCGCUGUUGAUGAAAAUGCGCGAUUCCCGCCUGCGCCCUCGACUCCUUCCCCUCCCUUUUCUUGCCCUGGUCCUAUCACUAUGUACUAUUAUCGAUGCCUUCACCCUCCACUUCACCACCACUACUGGUAACCCGAAUUUCCCAGCCACCCACCAGACCCAACCUCACCCUCACCCAUCAGAGCAGCAAUCUCGCAAUGCUUUUCCCCAACUAACCUGGCUCCGAGAUACCGCCAUUGAAAAGCCAAGUUUGGCAUCACGCCCGUCCAGCUAUCAACUACCCAGUACAUUGCUUGCCAAAUAUGGAGGAGAUGUGGUUUUGCGAUUUAACCUUACUACCACAGAACAGGAGUCCGCAUUAUCGGAUGCCGCGGACACUUUGUUCUUGGACGUCUGGGAGUUUACCAGUAACUGGGCCGAUAUCCGACUGAGAAAGGAAGAUGUGAGUAUAGAAUUUGAUAUACUUUUAUAUAUUUUAUGGCUUGAAUUAAUUAUUACCCCAGGUUCCCUCACUUAUGGGACUACUACCCGAGUCACUCCAAAAGUCGUAUUCUCCUCUCAUACUGGACUUGGCGGAUUCGAUUUAUCAGACCUACCCUUCCAGUGGCCGAGCAGGAAAGCGACUUUCCUCCGCCCACGAUCGAACCUUUACCCCAACAUUGAAGGCCCGAGGUGGCGUGGAUAACAUAUUCUUCAAUGAUUACCAACCUCUUUCCGUCAUUGCCCCAUGGAUGCGAUUAAUGGCAUCCAUGUUUACCACCCAUGUUCGUAUGAUGAGCAUUGGAACGACAUACGAAGGGCGUGAAAUAUAUGCACUCCGAGUUGGUGUAUCCCCCAAUCUCCCACAAGAGUCGCCCAAUCCAAGAAAGACAAUUAUAAUUUCUGGCGGCUCGCAUGCUCGAGAAUGGAUAUCAGUGAGUACCGUAACAUAUGUAGCCUGGUCUCUUAUCACUUCAUACGGCAAAUCACCAGCAAUCACCAAGCUCCUACAGGAAUUUGAUUUCGUCCUAAUACCAACCACCAACCCAGAUGGAUACGUAUACACCUGGGAAAACGACCGUCUUUGGCGUAAAAAUCGACAAGAAACCAGUCUUCGAUUUUGCCGAGGACUGGACCUUGACCGAACAUUUGGAUUCGAAUGGGCCGGCGCCGCAACAGAAAACAACCCCUGUUCCGAAAGCUAUCCAGGCGAAGAACCAUUUCAAGCCGUCGAAGCACAUAGAUUGGCCGAAUGGGCCAGAAACGAAACAGACAACAAUGGCGUUCGUUUCGUAGGCUUCUUAGAUCUCCAUUCUUACUCACAACAAGUACUCUAUCCAUACUCUUACUCUUGCACCGCCAACCCACCAAGUCUUGAAAAUCUGGAGGAGCUGGGUAUGGGACUCGCGAAAGCGAUCCGUAUUUCUAGCGGUGAACAAUACAGCGUCGCAUCUGCUUGUGAGGGAGCCAUACCCUUCAAAUCAGAAGCGAAGACCGGGAAGGUGUCGAGGAUGGAAAUGGGAGGCGGGAGUGCCAUUGAUUGGUUCUAUCAUGAGAUGAAGAUUCGGUAUAGUUAUCAGAUUAAAUUGAGGGACACCGGUAGUUAUGGAUUCCUCCUGCCAAAGGAGAAUAUUGUUCCUACUGGUGAGGAGGCUUUCAAUGCCGUUAAAUACUUUGGAGACUUUUUGAUGGGGAACAAGGGUAUUGAGAGAGUGGAGGAAAAGGUGGGAGAGGAGAAGAUUGUUACGAAUAAGGACGAGGAAGGGCAAGAGAAAGACAACGAGAACGAGAAAGAGGCUGGCAUCUACCAACUCGGACCUGUGAAAUUGGAUUUGAGAAGGUGAUAAAGGAAAGAGGUUUUCACUUACGUUCUUUUUUUGCGUCUUUUUGGGAAUCGGGGGUUGACUUCAGCAGCAUGGAUGGAUGAUGGGUCUGUCUGGUCGUACAUACAGUACUCUGUAAGAGAGCAGGCGUCUUUUCUUCGGUGUUUUCGGUCACAGGUAUGGCUAUUAUUAUAGGGUGUAUGGGUCCGCAUUUUGGUUUCUAUCGUGGGCUUUGAUGGGAGUUGGGCGUUGCUUUAGGUAUAGUCGUGGGUUUUAUGGUGGUGAU